AUGUCAGAUAAAUCGCUUGAGGAACUUGUAAAGAUACUUCUUGACCGCGAUAUCCCAUUUGAUCGAGAUGAGCUCCGAAGUGCCUUCAAAGCCCCUGAAAGUCGGAAGGCUAUUCAAGAAUGGAUGCAAGAGUAUCUCACCCCGGAAACCUUGUUGACAAAGGAAGAAGCUGAUUUAUACGCGGCGUUGACAAAAUCUGGAGAUGUGGAACGGCUUUCUUCACAGGAUCUUUCCGGUGUUCAAGCACUGAAUGAAUCGGAAAUUGAAGAUGCUAUAGAAGAAUUGAAACGAUCGACAGCGGCUAUUGAGAAGCAGACUGAAUCUAUAAGACUUCAGCAAAAUGCUAUGAGAAGUCUGGUGAAGAAUGAGCAGCGUGCGCGGGAAGCACGUGCAAGCUCAACCGCUGCGCAGCAUAGGAAAUGGAGUGAAGAAAGCGCACAGGUUUCGAAAGCUAUUGAGGAACUGUCUCAAAACCUUAGAUACCAGAUUUCAGAUCUCGAGCAACAUAUGAAAGUCUCAGAAACAACCGCAAAACAAACGGUCGAGACAAUCCUAACAGCCGAUGACAAGCUCCUCGCAAGUCUACAGAAACUCGCCGCAGAUCUUGAUCCUAUCAAUACAGAAGACAUCGAAACCAUGUCACGUAUUAAAGAACUCUCUGCACGGUUGAUCAAGCACACUGUUGAGGGUAUCCGCACGAGACUUGAUCGGAUAUACCUGGAAGCUCUACAAUCUUCAAACAUAACUGCAGACGACAAUAACCAAGAAAAUCAAGACCUUCAAGACGAGCUCGAAUCACUGUACUCAGAAAUCCUCCCCGUCGCUCAAAUGUCCGCAGAACAACAGUUUCUGCAGCCCGCGCUUAGGACAAUGGCAGCAAGCAGCGGGAAAUCUCAAGAACGAGCCGUCAAAGCGGUUGAAUACAUACACUCCUGCCUGACCUACCUCAACGCCCGUCUCUCAGCCUACCAAACCCGCACCUCCGAAACCCGUGCCCACAACCAUGCCCUAACAACCAUCCUCUCAACCACAAAAUCUGAACUCACCCAGUCCCUCCCCCCGCCCCUUCCUAAAUCCAAUCUUAAUUCCAGCCCAUCCAAACCCGCCCUCCCCCGCCGCCGAACCUCCUCCCUAACCCACCCCCCAAACCUACAUCUCCACCGCCGACGCUCCUCAGGAAUAGACCUCGAUCCCGAAACCCAGAUCGCGCGGAACCUAGGUAUCACACUCCCGCCAACCUCUGCUACAGCAGCGCAAGUCGCAGACAGUUUAGGACGUAUCCGCCGUGAACGUAGUACGAAAUUGGGGAUCCACGCUACGAGUUUGCAGACGACGACGGAGGGCUCGAUAGCUGCUCAUGUAGCGGAGUCGCAGGUGGCGUUGAGGGUGUUGACUGAUGCGUUACUAGCCGAAAGUGCGUAUGGGGGCGUGAGGUUGGUGGAUCCGGAUGUGGAGGCUUCGGUUGGGAUGUUUGAGGGGGAGGUUGAGGGGUUGAAGAAGGAAAUGGAGGGGUUGGAUUUAGAGGUUUUGCGGGGGAGGAGUGUGGAUGGGGAACGGUUUGUGAAGAGGUGGACGAGGUGA